CCUAACAACGCUAAUAAACAUGGACGCUAGAUUGUUUGGCCAAACUAACUGAACUCAAUAUUUUUAUUUUUACAAUUAUUCUAUACAACAAAAUGAGCACACGAAACAGAAAAGUCAGAGUUUGGGGCCGUUUUAAACCGACAUCGAAUUUCGCCAAAGACAAUAUCGAAAUUCUUGGUGACAGUAAGAGUGUGAAUGUUCACCUGCGCAGAGAAGCAAAGAAAGGCGUAGUGAAUAAUCAGAUUCUGGACUGGUCAUUCAAGCUUGAUGGUCUGUUUAACAAUGUUGACCAGGAGGUUGUGUACAACACGGUUGCAAUGGAUAUUGUUAAAGGAUCUUUGGAUGGGUAUAAUGGAACAAUCAUGUGUUAUGGUCAGACUGGAGCUGGAAAAACAUUUACCAUGACAGGAGCCACUGAGAGUUACCGUCACCGCGGUGUCAUACCCAGAGCUAUAUCUCAGCUUUUUAAACAAAUUGAAGAGCGACUUGAGUACAGUAUCACUGUCAGGAUUUCUUACCUUGAAAUUUACAAUGAGGGCAUGUUUGAUCUCCUUGGAUCACUGCCAGAAGCUGCAUGGAAUUCUAACAGAGAUCCUUUCCUGCCCCCUGAGCCUAUGGUAGUCUCAGAAAACCAGGAUGGUGUGUUUGUUAAAGGAUUGUCUUGUCACCUUGCCCAAAAUGAGGAAGAGGCUUUGAACCUUUUGUUUGAGGGUGAAACAAAUCGAUCUAUCGCAGCUCAUCAGUUGAACAAACAAUCAUCACGUUCUCAUUGUAUAUUUACUAUAUACCUUGAGUCAAGGUCAAGAACCCAGUCCAACACAAAGUUUACAGUUUCAAAGGUCCAUUUUGUAGAUUUGGCUGGUUCUGAAAGAUUAAGUAAAACAAAGUCUGAGGGUAAAACAAAAGAAGAGGCCUUGUACAUUAACAAGUCCUUGUCUUUUCUGGAGCAAGUAGUGAUAGCCUUGGCUGCACGCAAUCGUGAACAUGUACCAUUCAGACAGUCCAAGCUGACUCAUUAUCUUAAAGACUCCAUUGGUGGUAACUGCAACACUCUUCUUAUUGCUAACAUGUGGGCAGAAAAAGCUCAGAUUGAAGAAACAGUAUCCACACUAAGAUUUGCCACAAGAAUGAUGUGUGUUCAGAGUGAACCAUGUGUCAAUGAGAUUUACGAUCCAGCUCUGUUGGUGAAGAAGCUCCAAAGAGAGAUUCAGCAACUCAAAUCUGAGUUGGCCAUGCAUGACACCCUUACAAACCGCAGUAUGGUUUCUUAUGAGCCUCUUUCUGAGCAACAGAAAUAUGAAAUAAGAUCUCAAGUUCGGAGAUAUUUGGAGGGUGAUCUUGAUGAACUGGAUAUUGUCAGCUUGCAACAAAUUUCAGGGACAUAUUCUGCCUUCAAAGAAUUAUAUAAAGAUCUGGGAAAAGAUAUUGAAGCAAAACUGAAAGAAAAAUAUAUUUUGUUGAACAAAUCUGACCCGCAGUCUAUAGUAGCAGCACAGCAGGCUUUAGAAAACUUCCAAAAUGAGCUAACGAGAAAAAGUUUAAAACCUAGUGAGGCUAGUAAUUUGCUUUUGGAUGAUCAAACUGCAGUUGGAGAGUUGGAAGGGAACAGCUUUAGUGUGGGCAAUGCUCCCAAGACUAUGAAAUCAGAUUCUUCUACUGUGGUACAGCUCAAGAAGAAAGAGAGAGAAAGAGAACGAGACAAGAAAAAAGGAUCAAAAGAAAUCGUAGCUAGUCCUAUUCCAUUAAAGCCUGGAUCCAGCUCCUCACACAGUGGUAAAGGUGAAAGAAAAACUGAUUCCCCAGCUAAUGAAAAAGUUGAAAGAGAAGCAUCUGAAGUUCCAAUUUCACCUGUCAGUUCAGCUGACAACCUUUCAAGGGGACAAAAAUCAAGACCGGAAGAUUCUGAAAGCCGAGAUGAAGAAGAAGAAGAGAAAAUAAAACCAAAACAAAUAAGACCAGACACACCGCCUAGCAGAACAUCAGCUUUUGAGGAUUUUAAGUCAGACAAAGGGAUUGAGAUUAAUCGUAUUCUUAUUGAAAAUAAAGGUAUUUUGGCUUCAAAGAAAAAAGAGUAUUCUGAUUUAGCUAAUUUCAUCAAUAACACGAAGCAUUCAAUUGAUGAGUCAAGGAAGAAACUAGAUGAAAUGAAAGCACAAAGAGAGGCAGAAGGCCCUAUUCUAAAUGAGGAUGGUGACAUUAUUAUCACUGAAGAAGAAUUUAAUGAGAUUCAGAGAUUGAAAGAACUGAAAGCAAACUACAGGAAAAAGUAUGAUGAGCUGCACAAUUUAAAAUCUGAAGUAGUGUACUGCCAGAAGCUAGUUGACCAGUGUCGUCUGAGGCUGAUCCAAGAAUUUGACAACUGGUACAGUGAAAGUUUCCUAGGACCAACAGAAGAAAACCAGACCAGCGUGAAUGCUGGUAUAGGAGUCAAGCAAGGACUGACACUACCAGUCACAAGUUUGACUACUGAAGAUGAACAAGAAAAGUUUGAGAGACUCCAGCUGGAACUGAUGAUGAAUAACCCAGAAUCAGCAGCUUACUACAAUGCUAAGAUGAGAACAGCCAAACGAAAAAUGUACGGGGUAGCAAUGGACCAGCCCCAACCAGCCUACCGUAGACAGAUAGGCACACCAACCAUAUCAGUACGCAACAAACCACCUAACUUGCUACAAGUUCAAUACUAACAACCAGGACAGCUGUAUAGAAAGAUUGUGUACAUUAGAUGUAAUCAGCUUGCUGUCUGGAGGAUUUGGCUUCAGCGUAUGAGUAACAAAACAAUAUGGGCUGUUUUGUAUUUGCUUAUUCAUCCAAAAGCAUUAGUUAACCCUACAUUCAUCCAUUUGUUAAGUAGCAGAUGUCUGUAAUGCUCACAUACAGAUACUACAAGCUUCAAUUCUGCUGUACAAAACAA